AUAUAUACCGAGCCGGUUAUCGAAUAGGCGGCGACGUAUAGAAUUGGGGAAAUUUGGAAAUAAAAGAAAAUUCAAGAGUGGGAAAUACGAAAACGGAAAAUCGAGAGAAAUUAUAGCAUCGAGAGGAGAAAUCUUAACGAAUGAAUGAAUGAGCCAUCGCUGCCCACCUUCCCUCCUUUCUCUCGCCAUUGAUGCUGCUCUUUUCAAUCUCCACAACAUCUCCGAUCUCUCUUUCCUUCCUGAACACAUUCUCAUCGACCUCUUCCUGAGAACCCUAAAGGCCGGGAAACUAAACCCUAGGAUUUUGAAGGUUUUUGUUGCAACUGGAAACGAAGAAAUCCUUUCAAUGAUUCGAGCACUUAAUAUACAACUUGUUCUCACCCCUAUCCUCCCUACUAGAUGUUCGGACAAGUUCUAA